ACUGAACCUGCGCAUCGGUAGCAUCGGUACUGAAAGAGGAUGAAUAGUUUUGAAGUUGAUCAUUGACCGUCUGGACUUGACCACCACCCCUUCGAGGUCUGACCUGCCCGUGGGCUGUCCGAAGGCUGGAACGAUGGCCCCUAGCUUAACUUCCUGACUACUGAGAUUCCUCAGAGUCCUCGGUUGGAAGGUGUCAUCUGUUUCCUGUUGGUGUGCGCGCAGGUUGUUGUUUGCAAGAGCGACCUGGAGAGUAAAGAACGUGACUAAGCGGCUGUAGAGAGGAGAGAGACGUUAGCGUAGGCUUCGCGAGGAUGGGGACAACGUGGAUGCUGCUGGUUGUGGUGCUUGGUCUCGUGAGGCUCCGGUACACCGAGGGUAAAGAUUGUGUGUGUACAGGGAAGUCUCCAUGCCAGUGUGACGGAGUGAAAGGUAGCAAGGGGGAUAAAGGUUUUCCAGGAGAGAGAGGUCUCCAGGGGCCUAAAGGCAACGUGGGACCAGAAGGACUUCAGGGACCCCCUGGUCUAAAUGGCAACACCGGCCCUGGUGGACCACAGGGAGCCAAAGGCAAUCGGGGUCCCAGAGGCAGAGAGGGCUAUGAUGGGUCACCAAGCUUACCAGGUGUGCCAGGUAAUCAGGGUCUGCAGGGUCCGACUGGAGCUGCAGGAUGUAACGGAACACAGGGAGAGCAGGGGUAUCCUGGCCAGCCUGGACCCACAGGAGACACCGGACAGCCAGGGGAACCUGGACCUGCAGGACCAAAGGGUGAGUCUUCAUCUGCAGGGGAAGACUGGACCUCAGCGCCACAGCCAGGAAAUACAGGACCACCUGGUGUCAUGGGUUCUCCAGGGUUCCAGGGAGAGCUGGGUCGACCAGGAGAUAUGGGACCUUCUGGAAACAAGGGAUCACCUGGCAAACCAGGGCCUCCAGGACAGAAGGGUCAGGAGGGUCGUAGCUCCAGCCUGCCAGGACCCCAAGGUGUGCAGGGAGGCAGAGGGUCCCCAGGCCCCCCAGGUCCUAAAGGAAUCAAGCUGUAUGCCCACGCCCCCAAGAACAUGAAGGGAGACAUUGGAGACCCCGGACCGAAGGGCUGUAAGGGAGAACCGGGUAACCCUGGUUCAGGUCUUGGCCAGGCAAGAGGUGUGAAGGGAGAUAGAGGAGAUCCUGGACCUGAGGGGAAGGUAGGCAAGGACGGGGACUAUGGACAGCCUGGGUAUAAGGGACAACAAGGCCUGUUUGGUGAACCAGGAUAUCCUGGAAUAUCUGGAAUAAAGGGAGUGAGGGGUGACCGGGGCCCAGCGGGGCCCCCAGGAGAGCUGCUGUUGGUGGGGGAUCUUACAGGGUCCCGAGGGGACCCUGGUUCUCCUGGGCUCUCUGGCCUCCCUGGACUUCCAGGUGUCCCUGGCAACCCAGGCCUCCCAGGUGCUGCUUCCUCCCAGCGGGGGUCCCCAGGAGACCCCGGUCUUCCUGGGUUCCCCGGGACCAACGGGGACCCUGGAGAGCCCAGCCUCCCCUCCCUGGGCCCCCGCGGCAGGGAGGGGUACCCCGGGCCCUCAGGCCCCCCAGGAGAACCAGGACCCCCAGGCUUGCUAGGAGAGCUAUAUCUUGAUUCUGGGGAGACUCGCGGGCCCACGGGGGUGAAAGGGGUGGACGGAAUCCCUGGUUACCCUGGUUACACCGGCGGUGACGGAUUACCAGGUGCCAAGGGGGAACCCUGUAGGACGUGUCAAAUGGCCGGGUCAGGACUCCCAGGACCUCCAGGUGCACCUGGUCACCCCGGGCAACCAGGGUUUAAUUCCUUCCCUGGGCAGAAGGGGGAGCCAGGAUUCAAAGGAAGCCGUGGUUUCCCAGGGCAACUGGGUGUGGACGGGGUACCGGGUGUGACGGGGUCCCAGGGCCCCAAGGGAGAGUCAGGGUCCUUCUCCCAGAAGGGGGCCAAGGGGGACCAGGGCUCCCUAGGACCAGCAGGCGUGGCUGGGCUGGAUGGACUACCCGGGGCCCCAGGCUCCCCAGGCCCCAGGGGACGACCAGGCCCAAAGGGAGACCCGCACUCGUCUCCAGGGCUGAAGGGGGACCGGGGCCCUGCAGGGGCUGUGGGGCCCCGGGGUGUCCCAGGACCAGAGGGGGCGGCUGGGGCUCCAAGCUUCGGGCCCCUGGGGCCCACAGGAGCCAAGGGGCAGGAAGGGGUACCAGGGCUGCCAGGCACACCUGGACCCCCAGGUCAGAAAGGAGAGUCCAGCAGGAGGGUGGCUGACACCCCCCCAGGCCCCCCGGGACAGAAGGGCUUGGCUGGCCGCCAGGGCCCCCCCGGGGGCAGAGGAGCAGCAGGUGUUCCAGGCUUCUCUGGCUCGCCCGGUCAGAAAGGAGAGAGGGGCUUUGUCUCCGGGGGAGACCAGGGGCCCAAGGGAGAGAGAGGUGAGAAGGGCCUACUUGGUCUACCAGGGUCAGCUGGGCGGGGAUCACCUGGGAAACCUGGACUUCCUGGACUGCCUGGACGUCCAGGGCCAAAGGGGGAAUUCGGACCGGGUGUUCCAGGUCUAGACGGUCCUCCAGGCCCCCAGGGGGAUGAGGGGGCCCUGGGCCCCCCAGGAGACGAGGGCCCUCAUGGGGGCACAGGCAGCUAUGGUCCCCCCGGACUACCAGGCCUGGCUGGAAAUAAGGGUGAUAGAGGUGUCUCAGGUCUUCCAGGUCCUCCAGGUGUAGCUCCUGACUGCACUCUCUGCUUACUGAGUCCUCAUGGCCCCCCCGGCCCCCCAGGGGCCCCCGGCCCCCCAGGUACCAGAGGCGUGUGGGGGGUGAAGGGGGAACCCGGACCCCCAGGCCUGGGCCUCCCUGGUCCAGCCGGCGCCCCUGGCCCCCCAGGCCCCCCCACAAUUGGCCCCAAGGGUUCCCAAGGUCAGAGGGGCCAUGCAGGGAAGGAUGGAUUUCCAGGAGCCCCCGGCGCCCCGGGAGAGCAGGGCCCAGACGGGAGGCCUGGAGUGGGCUGGGACGGAGCCCAGGGGGCCCUGGGUCUACCUGGACAGAGCGGUUCUCCAGGUCCAGACGGAGACAGGGGCCCUCCGGGUUCUCCGGGGCCAGACGGAGAGCCCGGUCUCUCAGGACCCCCAGGACCUCCCUCCAUCACUGACCUCUACGGAUUCCCUGGGGACAUAGGCCCCCCUGGUCAGCGUGGUGCUUCAGGACCUGUAGGGGACCAGGGCCCUCCAGGCUCCAGAGGACCAGUAGGGAGAGAUGGACUGAGAGGAGCACCAGGACCCCGAGGUCCUGCAGGAGACAGGGGGCUGGACAGCAUGUGGCCUGGAGGAGCUGGAGCUGCAGGAGCACGAGGGACCAGGGGAGACAUGGGGACACCUGGUGCUAAGGGCCGUAAGGGAGAGUCAGGAGAGUGGGCAGGGUCUCCAGGCCCCAGCGGCCAGCCCGGCCUGCCUGGAUCCAGGGGGGCAAAGGGAGAGCCCAGCUACGGAGGGUACGGCCACCCUGGACCCAGGGGCCAGAAGGGGGAGCCAGGAGGCGUGGUCGGCCAGGCUGUGAAGGGCCAGAAGGGGGAGCUGGGCUCCGUGGGGUUCCCUGGGGUGACGGGACCCCCAGGACACACAGGGGAGCCAGGACUCCCUGGUCACAACGGCCCCCCAGGCCCCCCUGGCCUACAGGGUUCAGAUGGUGGCCCCGGGACCCCCGGCCCCCCAGGACGUCUUGGAGGGCCAGGACAGCUGGGCCUGCCAGGUCCGUGGGGGAUUCAGGGUCCUAAAGGGAGUCGAGGUUUGGACGGCAUCCCUGGACCCGCAGGUCCAAAGGGGGAGACAGCAACAGUGAGUUCACCUCCAGGCAUGCAGGGUCUGAAAGGACAACCAGGUCCCCACGGCGAUCCUGGUCGCCCGGGCAAAGCGUCUCCAGGACCAGCUGGACCUCCUGGGGACCGCGGCCCCCCCGGGGGUCUGGGCCUCCCUGGUCUCCAAGGUUACCCCGGGCCAGGAGGGCUGUUUCUCCCAGGGCCCAGGGGAGAAGCAGGUCGCCGUGGAAACGUUGGUGCCCCAGGUGACCCCGGAGCCAGGGGACCCCCAGGCUCGUCCGGCCAGGGGCAGAAGGGGGAUUUGGGUGCCCCAGGACGGCAGGGCUACAGGGGGCAGGAUGGACCCAGAGGGGACCCUGGACCUCCAGGUUGGCCGGCCCAGGGAGGGUCUCCGGGGUCUCCAGGACUUGGAGGAGAGCCCGGACCUCCUGGGUACCCUGGACCACCAGGUGACAAGGGUAGCCGUGGCGUCAUCCCCGGGCCGAGGGGACUUCCAGGGGUCAAAGGUUAUCCAGGACCUCCAGGGCCCAGGGCCUCAGGCCUCUGUCUGCAGGUGGUGCACACGGCAGGGGAUCCGGGGCCACCUGGCCCCCCUGGUCACCAAGGGCCGCCGGGGUUUGACGGGUUGCCAGGACAACCAGGGUUCCCAGGGCCUCCAGGGCUGAGGGGGGCCCCAGGCCCCGCCCCUCCCGGUCUGCCGGGGUUCACCGGCCACAAAGGAGACAAAGGAGCCCCCGGACUGACUGGUGAGCAGGGGGCCUCAGGUGCCCUUGGGAACAAGGGUCCUCGCGGCCCCCCUGGCUCGGUGGGGGCGGGGCUUGCUGACAGCUUCCUGUUUGCGCGUCACAGCCAGAGCGUCCGUGUGCCUGCCUGCCCCCCAGGCUCCGCCCCCAUCUACUCUGGAUACUCCCUCCUCUUCAUCAACAGCAACAGCCAUGCCCACGGGCAGGACCUGGGUACGAUGGGCAGCUGUCUGCCUCGUUUCUCCACCAUGCCCUUCCUGUUCUGUGACACGGAGAACACCUGCCGCUAUGCCGCCCGCAACGAAUACUCCUAUUGGCUGUCCACGGACAAGGCUAUACCCCCCAGCAUGGACCCAAUCACGGGAGAGGAGCUGGCCACAUACAUCAGCAGGUGCUCUGUGUGUGAGAGCAGCUAUAACACCAUAGCAGUGCACAGCCAGACCACGUUGACCCCAGACUGCCCUCAGGGCUGGGCAUCGCUCUGGACCGGAUACUCCUUUGUCAUGCAAACUGGAGUAGGAGCGCAGGGUUCCAGCCAGCCCCUAGUGUCUCCGGGCUCGUGUCUGGAGGUGUUCAGACAGGUGCCCUUCAUAGAGUGUCAUGUCCAUGGCACCUGUAACUACUACCCAGACUCCUCCAGUUUCUGGCUGGCCAGCCUGGACCCCAGCAGCAUGUUCAGUAAGCCCCGCCCCCAGACAGUGAAGGGGCGUCGGCUUGAGGAUGUCAUCAGUCGAUGCCGUGUGUGCCAGAAACCAUAGCAACGGCUUGGGUCAGGUUGGAGAUGGGUAUUUGAGGCCACACCCACUAGCAAACACCCUUGAACAAUCAUCGCAAGGUUGAGAGAGUGACCAAUGAGGAAGGGAUGUUUGCAAACCCCCUGGCAGGCCAGAUUCAGCUUUCCUUUAAAUACAGUACAUCUCUAUUUCUAUUAACUAGUUUAGCAAAAGUCGCUUUUUCUCUGCGUAUAAACCAGUAUACUGUAUAUUUUUAUAGUUACAAACUAGUAUUUCAUAUGCAUUCAGCCAAACCAUCUACAGGUGUACAUAAUAGUUAUCACUGCUCCCUGAUCUCUGCCUACAACUUUCUGUGUUUCAAAGACCUGAUCGGGGUUGUGGAUAGUAGGCUGUUUGGAAUAAACUCAGAUUGGAAUAACCAGGAUAUACAGCAGGUAGUGUUUCAUCCUGUCAAACCCUGAAGGCAGGGAGAGAUGUAAGGCUGCAGAGAGGAGAGGGGAGGGAGGGAGAGAUGAGGAGAGGACAAAUGAGGAAAAGGGAGAGAGGGAGAGAGAUAAGG